GAAUGACUGCAGGAGUGAGCUGAGCGUGUGCGCGGAACCGGGCUCUCCUGCCUCCUGGGCUCCGUCGCAGCUCCGCGGCUGAACUGGGUGCUCACCACCGCGGGACCGACCGCCGGGCUAUGGAAUACAGAUGGGACAGUACAGGUAGCCCCACGUUGCCUGGAGGAAUACAUCAUGGUUUUUAAGAAGAAAUUGUAGAAGCCUUUUUUUUUUUUUGACACACACACAUACACACACACACACACACACACUGUAAAGAUGCAAAAACGUAAUAUCCAUGAAGAUCCUAUUACCUAGGAAGACUCGGAUGUUCUGCUGCGAAUGCGGUGUUGGGAUUUAUUUGUUCUUGGAGUGUUCUGCAUGGUAAAGAAUAAUGUUCCAAAAUCGGUCCAUCUCCCAAGGGGUCCAAUUUUUCUUCCUGGGUGUCAGCGAGCCCUGACUCACUACACUGCGGUUGACAGGGGCUGUCAUGCGGGCGGCCCCUAAGCCAAAGCGAAAGACCUAAGGACGACCUUUGAACAGUACAAAGGAUGGGUUUCAAUGUAAUUAGGCUACUGCGCGGAUCGGCUGUAGCACUGGUUCUAGCCCCCACUGUCUUACUGACAAUGCUUUCUUCUGCUGAACGAGGAUGCCCAAAGGGUUGUAGGUGCGAAGGCAAAAUGGUAUACUGUGAGUCUCAGAAACUGCAGGAGAUACCCUCAAGUAUAUCUGCCGGUUGCUUGGGUUUAUCCCUUCGCUACAACAGCCUCCAAAAACUUAAGUAUAAUCAAUUCAAAGGGCUCAAUCAGCUCACCUGGCUCUACCUAGACCACAACCACAUCAGCAAUAUUGACGAGAAUGCUUUCAAUGGGAUACGCAGACUCAAAGAAUUGAUUCUGAGUUCCAACAGAAUCUCCUAUUUCCUCAACAACACCUUCAGACCUGUGACCAAUUUACGGAACUUGGAUCUGUCCUACAAUCAGCUCCAUUCUCUGGGAUCUGAACAGUUCCGGGGCUUGAGGAAGCUGCUCAGCUUACACCUCCGCUCCAACUCACUGAGAACCAUCCCUGUGCGGAUCUUCCAAGACUGUCGCAACCUGGAGCUCCUGGACCUGGGAUACAACAGGAUCCGAAGUUUGGCCAGAAACGUCUUUGCUGGCAUGAUCAGACUCAAAGAACUUCACCUAGAGCACAAUCAGUUUUCCAAGCUCAACCUGGCCCUUUUCCCAAGGCUGGUGAGCCUUCAGAACUUGUACAUGCAGUGGAAUAAAAUCAGUGUCAUAGGACAAACCAUGUCCUGGACUUGGAGCUCCUUACAAAGGCUGGACCUGUCGGGAAAUGAGAUCGAAGCCUUCAGUGGACCCAGUGUCUUCCAGUGCGUCCCCAAUCUGCAACGCCUCAACCUGGAUUCCAACAAGCUCACGUUUAUUGGUCAAGAGAUUCUGGAUUCUUGGAUCUCUCUCAAUGACAUCAGUCUUGCCGGGAAUAUAUGGGAAUGCAGCAGGAAUAUCUGCUCCCUGGUAAACUGGCUGAAAAGUUUUAAAGGUCUGAGAGAGAAUACAAUUAUCUGCGCCAGUCCCAAAGAGCUGCAGGGAGUAAACGUGAUAGACGCAGUGAAAAACUACAGCAUUUGUGGCAAAAGCACCACCACGGAGAGGUUUGACCUGGCCAGGGCUCUCCCCAAGCCCACGUUUAAACCCAAGCUCCCCAGGCCGAAGCACGAGAGCAAACCUCCGCCGCCCCCCACGGUGGGAGCUACCGAGCCCAGCCCAGAGACAGAUGUGGACACGGAGCACAUCUCCUUCCAUAAGAUCAUCGCGGGCAGUGUGGCCCUUUUCCUGUCGGUGCUGGUCAUCCUCUUGGUGAUGUAUGUGUCCUGGAAGCGGUACCCUGCCAGCAUGAAACAGCUGCAGCAGCGCUCCCUCAUGCGAAGGCACCGGAAGAAGAAACGGCAAUCGCUCAAGCAGAUGACUCCAGGCACCCAGGAAUUUUAUGUAGAUUAUAAACCCACCAACACGGAGACCAGCGAGAUGCUGCUGAACGGAACGGGACCCUGCACCUAUAGCAAAUCAGGCUCCAGGGAAUGUGAGAUACCUUUAUCAAUGAAUGUGUCAACCUUUCUGGCAUACGACCAGCCCACAAUAAGUUACUGUGGGGUCCAUCAUGAACUUCUCUCCCAUAAGCCCUUUGAAACGAAUGCACAGGAAGAUACGAUGGAAAGCCACCUAGAGACUGAGCUGGACUUGAGCACAAUCACGUCAGCUGGCCGCAUCAGUGACCAUAAACCACAGCUGGCUUGAGCGAGCUGAGUGGUAGCUCAGGCUUGCUACCGAACUGUAACCUCAACGACAGAAAGAGGAUAAUUUGUUCAUUGCAACUCUCAAAUACAAAACAAACAAAAAUCCCCUGUUCAAAUAAACAAAAUUCCAAGAUUGGUUCAUGAAAUAAAAGAAGACAUGAAUUGUUUCAAGUCUAUACUUUGUAAUGAGCUAAGUUGUGCAGUAUUUUUUUGACUUUGAUAGAGAAUGACCCUGAAAAAAAAAAUCAUUUUUUUUCCAAAACUCAUCCUACCUAUGUGUAAAAAUUGUAC